UACACUUCAACUCUACUCCUUAAAAGCUCAUAUUUUCCUCUAAUCUUUUUCACUACACUUGAACAUGGCUGAUUUCACUUGCACUACAUCUUUCACAAUAUACUCUUUAAUCUUUCUCUUUUUUUUCUUAGCUACAAUCAAUCAUCAACAUCAUCUCAUUAUUACUAACAUUUCUUUGAACCACACCAAAACUUCUUAUAAACAUUACCAACAAGCCAUUGUUUUUUCUGUUUCCAACAUUUCGAGUACUAAUGUUUUGCAGAAGAGUCCAUUAGUAAAAUUGGAGGAAGGGCUGGCAAGAGCAAGAGCAGCCAUACUCAAGGCGAGUCGAACCCGGAAUUAUUCAUCUUACAAACAAGAAAACUUCAUUCCAAGAGGGUCUAUUUAUGUCAAUCCUUAUGCCUUUCAUCAGAGCUACAUUGAGAUGGAGAAAAGAUUUAAAAUAUGGACAUACAAAGAAGGAGACCCGCCAUUGUUUCACAAUGGCCCGAUGAAUGAUAUUUACUCAACGGAAGGGCAGUUCAUGGAUGAAAUGGCGAGCAGCCGGAAUCCAUUUUCCGCUCGCCAUUCCGACGAGGCACUUGCAUUUUAUCUUCCGGUUAGCAUUGUCGGCAUUGUAAGAUAUGUUUAUAGGCCUUACAAAAACUAUUCUCGCGAACGAUUGCAAAACAUUGUAAAAGACUACAUUCGAAUUAUUUCGACUAAGUAUUCAUUUUGGAAUAGAAGCCAUGGUGCUGAUCAUUUUCUCACUUCUUGCCAUGAUUGGGCACCGGAUGUUUCAGCUGCCCAUCCUGAACUUUACAAACACUUUACUAGAGUUCUUUGCAAUGCCAACACAUCAGAAGGGUUUGUACCAUCAAGAGACGUCUCCUUGCCGGAAAUCAAACUCAAAUUCGGAAAAUUAAGCCCUGAAUCAUUUAGUUUGCCACCUUCAGACCGCCAUAUUCUCGCCUUUUUCGCCGGAGGCUGGCAUGGGGAUGUAAGAAAAGAAUUAUUCAAGCAUUGGAAAGGUAAAGAUAAUGACAUUCAAGUUUAUGAAUAUCUUCCUAAAACCCUAAAUUAUACAUAUUUAAUGAGUAAAUCCAAGUUUUGCCUAUGCCCUAGUGGUUGGGAAGUUGCAAGUCCUAGGGUUCCGGAGUCAAUAUAUACCGGCUGUGUUCCGGUAAUCAUUUCCGAUUAUUAUUAUCUACCGUUUAGUGAAGUUCUUGAUUGGAGUAAAUUUUCCGUUCAUAUUCCGGUCGCUAGAAUACCGGAAAUCAAGACAAUUUUGCAAAAGAUUCCCAUGGAAAAGUAUUUGAGAAUGCAAAAGAGGGUGAUUCAAGUUCAAAAACAUUUCAAGCUUAAUAGGCCAGCUAAGCCCUUUGAUGUGUUGCAUAUGGUGUUGCAUUCUAUAUGGUUAAGGAGGCUCAAUGUUAGGGUUUCAUCGUAGGGUUUCAUUUGUUUUCAGUUGCAUUAGUGUUGUGUAAGUAAUCAAUGUGUUGUAUUAAAUUUGUAAUCUUAGAUGAUAUAUUUAUUUUGUCAUUUUCAUCAUAUUAUUAUGUUACUUAAAUAAAAAUGUAUGCGAGAGUUAUGGAGUGGUACUUUCCA